AUGCCAGUCCCCAAGCUCUUCGAGCUGGCCAGACAGCGCCUUAUCAAAAACAUCGAUUUGCUCAACGACGUCGGAGACCUCCCCUACUCCUUUCUCGAGCCAGUUCUACGCUUCAUCCAGAAUCCCGACCAACUACAAGAGUUGGAAGAGAACUGCACACAGCUACUCGGCGAAACAGGCGACAUAUGGCUAAAGUUCAUCAAGCGAGACAUACCGAACUGGGACAAGAAACCACAUGAGCCACGAGAUCCCAAAAACUGGAGUAAGGUUUAUCGGAAGCUCAGGAAGGAUAUGGACAAAGAGAAGCAGGCUGACGCUGAUGCGCUGAAGCAGCAGAUGCAGGCCUUGCAGAAGGAUAGAGCACAAAACAAGACAUUGAUUGUGGAUAGCAAGGUCGGAUAUGGCGCCGGUAGUAGCAGGAUGUUCUCUUCUGUUGGACGUAGUAGCGGCUGGGGCGGCACUCCUGGAGCGCCCUCCAAGACUGGCAAAGUUGCAUUCGACAAAUUGAAGAGGGGCAUAUUCGAUCACAAAAGGGAGCGUCCGAAAGCGCCACAAAUGCCAGCGCACGUACUAGCUCAGCGGAGGACCCAGGUGGUAGAGGCGCCAGCUCGAAUGGUGAGGAUGGCAGAGUACGAGAACAAAGCUCCAAGAAAUAUGGUCUUGUCUAGGCCGGCUUCUGCGUCAGUGGCGAAGAGAGCUCAGCCGCUGCCAUCCACGAGCCGACCACAGAUCACGCAAAGACCAGUGGUACAACAGAGUACUGCCCCAACUCGAACGUCUCUCCCGGCUGGACAACAGUUUCACGCACCGAAGCUAAGGCCACCACAGGAGUCAGUGGGCGCUCCAACAACGAAGAGGAAGAGGGAAGAAUAUAAUCUUUUCCACCAGCCAAAAAGAAAGAAGUUUUAA